CCAGUCUCGUCCCACUCGACGAAAGUCGCAUUCAAUCUCGAGACGAUAGAUUCCUUUUGCUCCAAUCUCACGAGUUGCGGGUGACAACGUGAUCGAGACGUCCAGCAUCCUCGACUGGUACAAAUUGCCUGCUCUUCCAGAAGUUUGGGGCAUUGAUUCGAGCCUUCUUCAUGAUGUUUCCAAGGUCGGCGGGAUCGGGAGCUGGAGUUGUGCUUGUGGGACUAGUUGAGCAAUGUGUCAUCGAGCAAGGUCUUGUGAUGGUGGUCCGUUUUCCCCCUUCCGGUCUGACCAUUGACGGGAAGUCCCUUCAGAUGCACCACGAGGCUUUUGACGAAGCUCUUCCCGGAGACGAAGUCGGGUUCAAUGUGAGGAUGGCGCAGUGAAGGACCCGAACAGAGGAUUCGUCGUCUCUGACUCGAAGUAUGAGCCGGCUAAGGAGGGCUCAUCGUCAAGAACCACGACGGCCAAUUCCUUAAUUGGUACGCAUCGGGGUAAUCGUGGUCUGGUAAGGAGCUCCGGAAGGAGUGAUUGCUCGCGAUCAAUGGAGAUGCUGCAUUGUGAAGACGCUUGCAAUCAAGCUUUGAAAAUUGCUCUGAAAGUCGAGAAUUUCCCCGAGUAUUCACCUCUGGGUCGAUUUGCCGGCCGCGACAUGAGGUACCAGGUGGCUGUCGGGGUCAUCAAACCGGUAGAGAAGAAGGAUCUAAUCGAAGCCAAGAUCGCCAAGGUCUCCGCGAAGACGUCAACUUUUUCUCGAGGCCUCCCGUCGAACCGUGCUCGAUCAGGUCCGUCUCUCCGCCGCCGUCUACUGCUGGCAACUCACCAGCAUUCCUGGGUUCUGGACCGUUGGUGUCGAGGCCGUGAUUUCGUCAUUGUAAAUGACUGUACCUCAAGUUUUCACUCGAUGCUUUGGACAUGCUUCAUCGUACUCGUUCCACACUUUUAAAUACUCGAGUUUAGAUUGGGAAUCUUUUCGAGUUGUGCUUAUCACAGAGUUUUACUGGGAGGUUGGAUUGUAUACCGAGGAGAUUCCCAAUCUAUCUCUAGUAUUCAAAAGUGUACAACGCCUGGGGUAGACGAGUGCGCUGAAGCAUGUCAGCGACAUGCUUCAGUUGAUCAUUGUUGAUCAUGUCGCUGACAUGAUCAACAAUGUUACUCGAGUAGAAUAUUGUGGCUCCGGGCCAGUCGUAUCGCAUGAUCGACAUGGGUAAGGGAAUUGUCAGGGCUUUGUCCCAGACCAUCCAUAGCUUGUCUUUGAAAGCAGCUCAUUUAAAUCAGGUGAGGCGGUGUUAUUGCCGAACGCGUCGAUCAGAGAUGAUGGCAACCGAUCGAUUGAACGUCCUCAUUUGUGACAUCGGGGACUAUCUACAAGACCUUUCCACUUCAAUCGCACAAUGAGAGAAACUAGAUCGAAGGAGGCCGACUCGCGUUCCGAGGAAAGAAGUGUGCUAGGCCAUGUUAUUCGUGCAAGUGUCGAACGGAGGCAUUUACGGGUAGGAUCCUGGAGUUCCCCUGGAGGGACUAGAAGAUUUUGCGUGCUCUUCAAGCGUCGGAGUGAAGGAUCCUGUGUGUAUCUUCGAAUCGAUGCUCGGUAUCACGCUGUAUUAUUAUCAAAAUCUAUGAAGUAGGCAGGGUGCUGCGCUGGGAAAGGAAGUUUAAAACUGUUGUCUACAUUCCACAUUGUUUACGUGGCAACCCGAAAGAGGAAGGAAGGAGUUCUUAGGAUAAACGGGAAGAUUGGAGAAACUUUAGACUAGGCUGGAUUUAUCUUAGACAGCGAAAAUACUUCGAAGGCAAAAGGAAGCAACUGCCUUGAUGCGCGUCUCGGAACACAUAUGUGACUAGCUUGGAUUUGACUUCCACCCGGUUCGGGGACCUGACGGGGCUUCUGCGAGUGACCACAACUCCCCAGAUAGACGUUUCAGCGUCCUCGCAGAAAAUGGACGGGAGGUGGAAAAUGGCGCCUCCAAGUCGAGAAGCUCUAUUGCAGAACCAGAAGAUGGUUCCAAAUUCCGAAUGUAAUGGAGAGCCGAAUUUCAGAUGAAAUUUGGCUUCUCUGAACACCGACAUGUAGGUGUUAAGAGAAGCCAUAUUUUCACUCCGUACACCGACAUGUCGGUGUUAAGAGUAGUCAAACAUCCAUCUGGAAAGGUGAAAAGCAGGUUGACUCUUCUGGUGUGUUCUCCUGCUGCAGGUAAGGACCUCUAAGAGCACAUCUAGCUCGUUGACUCGAAUUCACCGCACAUGUGAAGGAUCUGUAAAUGGACUACAAUCUGUUUGGAUCUUUGUUCUUGUCAAGAGUGCUCAAGAGGAUGUUGUGAAACUGAUACUGAGUCCUUGAUGUCACAGUCAAAAAGCUUCGGUAAUGUUGAUAUACUUUAGGUUUGUACAUCAAGUAACCUCGCUGUAAUUUAUCCCCUUGUAUCUGAGCCUGCAAUCAUGGAGCAAUGGAAGUAAUGAGAAGGGACGUACGUCAUGUUAGUAGUAUGGGAAUUCAAGGUUUUGACUGAAUAAUACCACAUUAUGUCGGGCAUGAUGCGAAGACGGAAAGCCCAAUGUUACUGGCUGAAGCUAUUCUCCCACGCUUCCAGGUGAGUACUGAAUACUAGUGGUUAUACUUGUGCAUGUGAUCAAGAUGUAUGAAAUCAUGCUAUCCUACCACUUGUUUUGUAGGUUUUGAUAAGAUGUCAAUUACUCUACACGAUUCCUCCAUGGAGAUGCCGAACUUCUCUGGCAGGUGCUCGACAUAAAUCUGGUGCCUAUCAAGGAAAUUUUGCUGUUUCUACGACUGAGAUCUGCACCCGAGUUUCCUUGAUGAGCACCGGAUUCAUGUCGAGAACGUGCAGAGCGCGAAGUUCGAUAAUAACGCAGGUCCCUGAUGUCACACUUGGAGCAGAAGCCAAGGGAGGUGGCUACUAGCUGUGGUCUGAAGCAUAGUGUUGCUCGUCCUGAAGGCUGUAUUUCAGUGCUCGGUAUGAUCGAAACAUCUUACGUUGAGAUGCUGCUUCGGAGGGCUACACUGAUGGUAGAGUAAAAUUGUUCAUUGUAUGGCACUCGUACACAUUCUUAUUGGCUACGAAAGUACAAUUCCCUCUCCACCUAUAAACUUCUAUAUUAUGGAAUAGAAAAGUUAUCAAACUGACAAAUACAAGUUGUUUUUUUAUCCUCUUUGAAGUCAUGUAACAAAAAUCUUGUAAACACGACUGUGAAGUGGAAUGCUGGAGGAAUACUUUCCCGAUGUAUACGUUAAAAGAAACUACGAUAAAAUAUUUCCACUUUGCAAAUGAAGAACGACACAUCUUUGUAACAUACUUGAAAGAUUUUCUGUCGUCACAUUAUGAAAGUUGAACAUCUGUGUAGUAGGUAGGAAUACGUUUCAUAAUAUUUGAUUUCAUUUACAGCGAGAAGGCAUGUGUAAAUAAGAAUGGAGGAUUCGUUGCCUCUGACUCGGAGGAUGAUCCGGCGAAGGUGGGUUCAUCAUCACGAACCACGACGGCCAAUUCCUUUACGGGGACGCAUCGGGGUACUCCUGGUCUGGUAAGGAGCCUGGGAAGGAGUCAUUGCUCGUGAUCAAUGGAGAUGCUGGAUUGUGAAGACGAUUGCAAUCAAGCUUUCAAAAGUCGAGACUUUCCCCGAGUGUACACCUCUGGGUCGAUUUGCCGUCCGCGACAUGGGGUACCAGGUGGCUGUCGGGGUCAUCAAACCGGUAGAGAAGAUGGAUCCAAUCAGAGCUAAGAUCGCCAAGGUCUCCGCGAAGGUUUCAACUUUUUCUCGAGGCCUCCCUUCGAACCGUGCUCGAUCAGGUCCGUCUCUCCGUCACCGUCUUCUGCUGGCUACUCACCAGCAGUCCUGGGUUGUGGACUGUUGGUGUCUGAGGCCGUGAUUUCGUCACUGUUAAUUAUUGUAAUUCAAGUUUUCACUCGAUGCUUUGGACAUGCUUCAUCUCAUUCGUUCCACACUUUUAAAUACUCGAGUUUAAAUUUAGAAUCUUUUCGAAAUGUGUUUAACACAGAGUUUUACAGGGAGGUUGGACGGUAUACCGAGCAAAUUCUCAAUCUAUCUCUAGUAUUCAAAAGUGUACAACCACUGGGGUAGACAUGCUUCAGUUGAUCAUGUCACUGACAUGAUCAACAAUGUCACUCGUUCCACACUUUUAAAUACUGGAGUUUAAAUUGAGAAUCUUUUCGAGUUGUGUUUAUCACAGAGUUUUACAGGGAGGUUGGAUGGUAUACCGAGCAAAUUCUCAAUCUAUUUCUAGUAUUCAAAAGUGUACAACGGGGUAGACAUGCUUCAGUUGAUCAUAUCACUGACAUGAUCAACAAUGUUACUACAGUAGAAUUUUGUGACUCCGGGCCAGUAGUUCCGGAUGAUUGAUAUGGAUAAGGGAAUUGUCAGGGCCUUGUCCUAGACUAUCCAUAGCUUGUCUUUGAAAGCAACACAUUUAAAGCAGGUGAGGCGGUGUUGUUGCCAAACGCAUCGAUCAGAGAUGAUGGCAAUGGAUCGAUUGAACGUCUUCAUCUGUGACACUUUUCUGGACUCGGGUACCAUCUACAAGACCUUUUCACUUCAGACGCACAAUGUGAGAAACUAGAACGAAGCAGAUCGACUCGCGUCCCGGGGAAAGAAGUGUGCUAGGCCAUCUUCUGCGUGUAACUGUCGAAUGGAGGCAUUUACGGAUAGGAUCCUGGAGUUUCCCUGGGGGGACUAGAAGAUCUUGCGUGGUCUGCAAGCUUCGAAUUGAAGGAUCCUGUGUGUAUCGUCGAAUCGAUGCUCGGUAUUACUCUCAUUAUCAUAAAAAAUCUACGACUUAGGCAGGGUGCUGCGCGGGGAAAGAAAGCUUAAAUCUGUUAUCUACAUUCCACAAUUUUUAUGUGGAAACUCGACUGAGGAAGGAAGGCUUUCUUUCUUUCUUUCGAAACGGGAAGAUUGGAGAAACAUCAGACUAGGCUGGAUUUAUCUUGGACAUCGAAAAUACUUCGACGGCAGAAGGAAGUGACUGACUUGAUGCGUGCUUCGGAACACAGAUGCCACUAGCUUGGAUUUGACUUCCACCCGGUUCGGGGACCUGACGGGGCUUCUGCGAGUGAACACAACUCCCCAGAUAGACGUUUCAGCGUCCUCGUAGAAAAUGGACGGGCAGGUGGAAAAUGGCGCCUCCAAGUCGAGAAGCUCUACUGCAGAAUCAAAAGAUGGUUCCAAAUUUCAAAAGUAAUGGAGAGCCGAAUUUCAGAUGAAAUUUGGCUUCUCUGAACGCGGACAUGUAGGUGUUAAGAGAAGCCAUGUUUUCACUCCGUACACCGACAUGUCUGUGUUCAGAGUAGCCAAACAUCCAUCUGGAAAGGUGAAAAGCAGGUUGACUCAUCUGGCGUGUUUCUCCUGCCGCAGGUAAGGACCUCUAAGGGCACAUCUAGCUCAUUGACUCGAACUCACCGCACAUGUGAAGGAUCUGUAAAUGAACUACAAUCUGUUUGGAUCUUUGCUCUUGUCAAGAGUGUUCAGGAGGAAGCUGUGAAACUGAUACUGAGUCUCUGAUAUUGUAGACAGAAAUCUGCGGUAAUAUUGUUAUACUUUAGGUUUGUACGGCAAGUAACCUCGCUGUAAUUUAUCACCUUGUAUUGAGCAUGCAAUCAGAGACUAAUGGAAGUAAUAAGAAGGGACGGACGUGAGGUUAGUAGUAUGGGAAUUUAAGGUUAUGACUGAAAAAUACCACAUUAUGUCGGGCAUGAUGCGAAGACGGAGAAAGCCCAAUGUUACUGGCUGAAGUUAUUCUUCUAUGCUUCCAGGUUUUGAUAAGAUGUCAAUUACUCUACACGAUUCCUCCAUGGAGAUGCCGAACUUCUCUGGCAGGUGCUCGAUAUAAAUCUGGUGCCUAUCAAGGAAAUUAAACUGUUUCCACGACUGAGAUCUGCAUCCGAAUUUCCUUGAUGAGCACCGGAUUCAUGUCGAGAACGUGCAGAGCGCGAAGUCCGAUAACAACGCAGGUUUCUGAUGUCACACUUGGAGCAUAACCGAAGGGAGGUGGCUACUAGCUGUGGUCUGAAGCAUAUUGUUGCUAGUCUUGAAGGCUGUAUGUUAGUGCUCAGUAUGAUCGAAACAUCUUACUUUGAGAUGCUGUUUCGGAGGGCUACACUGAUGGUAGAGUAAAAUUUUUCAUUGUAUGGCACCCGGACACAUUCUUAUUCGCUACACAAGUACAAUCCCCUCUCCACCUAUAAACUUCUAUAUUAUGGAACAAAAAAGUUAUUAAGCUGAUCAAUACAAAUUGUUUUAUAUUCUUUUAAGUUAUGUACCAAUAAAUUUUGUAUCACGAAUUUGAAGUGUAAUACCCAAUGGCACACUUUCCCGAUAUUUAUCUUGUCAGAAGAAACUGUGAUGAAAAUAUACUUUGCAAAUGAAGGACAUAUUGUUGUGACACAUUUUUGAAAGAUUGUUCUGUCGUUACAUUAUAAAGGUUUGACAUCUAUCGUGACACACUUUUGAAAGAUUUUUCUGUCGAUACAUUAUAAAUGUUCAACAUCUGUAUAUUG